AUGACAGCGGUUAUUUCCAGCUUUUGGCUUCGGGUCCACAACCGAGGCAUAUACGACCGAGUAGCCUCUUCUCCUUUCCCCUUCAAACCACCACAACUCCAAUCUGCCACCGCACGCCCCCAUCAAAUCUCACUGGUUCAGCUCUCACGCUUGGUCGCCUCACGUGAACAGCACGUAACAAUCGUCACCACUCCCGGCAACGCCGAACUCUUUCAGAAAACCAUCGACGACGACAUAGCCUUCGACCACCACAUCUGCGUCCACCUCAUCAAAUUCCCCAACACCCGUGUGGGUCUACCGGAAGCUGUGGAAAAUCUGGUUUCAACCACCAUGAGCACCACCGCCGCAAAAAUCCACAUGGCAGCGCACUUCAUCCAGCCUCAGAUCGAAGCUGUCCUGAAAGAGUCUCAUCCCAAUGUCUUCAUCCCCGACAUCCUCUUCACCUGGAGCAAGGACCUAUCCAAGACUUUUCAAAUCCCGAGGCUCGUCUUCAACCCUAUACCCAUCUUCGACAUGUGUAUGAUCCAGGCCAUUAAAACCCACCCCCGAAGCCUUUCUCUUCGAUUUCGCGCCGUACCAGAUUCCCGGUCUCCCUCACCCUCUCACUUUACCGGUGAAACCCUCGUUGGGUUUCACAACAUUAGGGUUUCGCAGCGCUCACGGAGUCUCUUCUCAAAGAUGAAGAGGACAAUCAUGGAGUCAUCGUGA